GCUCAUAGUGAUUAGAGAGCGCUGCUGGUUCAAAUUGACUGAACUAUCAUUCAGCAGCGACACAAUGGAGGAGGGCACGGCUCAGACACACUGCUGAGAGACUUAUCUCUACCUUCACACCGUGCAGCUCUACGGAUACUACUUGGGAUAGCCUUGUUUUUUUCUGUGCAACUUUUUCUUCUGCGAGAUUGCAUUCGGAAAUUGAGUUGCAUCACACAAGAGGUCACCAUGCCUCCCACGACCCCGUAUGCUGGAAAGUUCAGCUCUUGCGCUGCCUUCAGCAGCAACAACAACCACCCUCAGCCUCACAGCCCGUACCACAGCUGCACCGCCCCGAAGCCAGCCAAGGAGAACCUCUACAACGGCACCUACUCCUCGGCGGAGAACCCCUACGACGUGCCCCAGCCUCACGGUUCGUACCGCAGCUCCUCCGUCUCCUCGGCGACGGCCAGGGAGCAUCACUACAACAGCAGCUGCUCGGUCUCGGAGAACCCGUACACGGCGCCGCAGCCUCACAGCCCGCGACAACACAGCACUUCCUGUCCUGGACGGGCGUACCGUCACACCAGCAGCAGCAGCAGCAGCGAGCAGUCUUGCCGUAAUAACUCCGUGACAGGGAAAGGGCGAGUUUACGGACAUGGCGUCACCGCGAGCUAUGGGGAGAUGUGUUACCAUGACAACAGUUUGGUUUCAGCGUCCCUUGAGGCGCUGAUCCAGCACCUGGUUCCAACAGUCGACUACUACCCUGACAGGUCGUAUGUAUUCACCUUCCUGCUAAGUUCACGCCUCUUCCUGCACCCGUAUGAGCUCAUGACAAGGGUUUGUCACCUAUGUGUGGAGCAGCAGCGGUCUGGAGACACCCUGCUGGAUAAGAUCCGUUUCCGCGAGGUGGCUCCGAAGCUGGUGCAGCUGCUGACCGAGUGGACAGAGACGUUCCCUUACGACUUCAGGGACGAGAGGAUGAUGCGUUGCCUCAAGGACAUGACUCACCAUGUGGCCCGGGGGGACGAGUACUCCUGGCGAGCCAUGCAGCAGAUGACGCAGCGUCUGAUCAAACGCCUCUCUGCCCUGGGCCAGUAUGAGGAGGCCGUUGCCGCGCUAAACGCUGUGGCACUGGAGCGGCCCGCCUCCCUGAAAAGCAAACAGGCCUCCGGACAGCGCAGCGACGUCAUGAGCGUCUGUGAUGACCCCUUCAUUUUAGCCCAGCAGCUCACACACAUUGAGCUGGACAGAUUAAGUUUUAUUGGUCCAGAGGAGUUCAUCCAAACAUUUGCCAUGAAGGAUCCUCUGGAGAACCAUAAGGGUUUCUUCCGGAAGCGUAAAACCAGUAACCUGGAGGCCUACGUUAACUGGUUCAACAGACUGAGUUACCUGGUGGCCACAGAGAUCUGCAUGCCGGUGAAGAAGAAACACAGAGCACGGAUCAUCGAGUUCUUCAUUGAUGUGGCUCAGGAGUGUUUCAACAUCGGCAACUUCAACUCUCUCAUGGCAAUCAUCACUGGCAUGAACAUGAGUCCUGUUGCAAGACUGAGGAAAACCUGGAGUAAAGUCAACACUGACAAGUUUGAAAUCCUGGAGCACCAGAUGGACCCUUCAAGUAACUUCACCAACUACCGCACUGCGCUCCGCGGUGCCACCCAGAGGUCUGAGACCGCACACAGCAGCCAGGAGAAGAUUGUGAUUCCUUUCUUCAGUCUGCUCAUUAAAGACAUCUACUUCCUGAAUGAAGGCUGUGCCAGCAGGCUGCCUAAUGGACACAUCAACUUUGAGAAACUAUGGGAGCUUGCAAAGCAGGUGAGCGAGUUUCUGGUUUGGCGUCAGGUGGUUUGUCCAUUUGACAGAGACCGCCGGAUCCUCCAAUGCCUCGUCACCACACCUGUCUUCACAGAAGACGAGCUGCAUCUGGCCUCAUACGAGAGUGAAGGACCUGAGAAUAACAUGGAGAAAGACAGUCGGAGGUCUCUUAGAUCUUCCCUGCUUCAUCGAGAGAACCGGUCAUAAGCGUACGACAGAGAAUGACAAUCCCUUUCACUCUUCAGACUGUAAAUAAACAGGGUGUUAAAGGCUACAAGUUUCUCCAAAGUGUCUCAUGAAAUGGACCCUUUUUACACUCCCAUGUUCCCAACUCGAAGCUGUGGGUCAAAUAUGGAUCUGCAGGGCGACAAACGCAGCUGAGCCCGUGUUCUCACAGAUCAACAGAAGAUAGUUCAGUUUUUUCCUUUGAGCUCUUAGUAAGCAUGAACGACGCUUAAAUCAGAUACUGAUGAGAAUCAUCCAGUAUCAUCCAGCCAAAGGACCUCUUUAUUGGAUUAGUAAUAUAAUCCUCUGCCUUGCAAGCAUUCAGACUUUUUUUUUCAAAUUGAUUCCAAAGAAGAUCUUGGAUUACAGAUCAUCAGCGGUGGUUCUUUGACAGAAGCUCUGCCCAAGGCACUUACGGGAUUUCAGAUGACUACAGAAGUUAUUAAGAAAAAAAAACUUUGGAAGCAUGAAGAGUCUGUUUUGACUCUGCAUGGGACAAAUAUGGACUGGUCUGCUUAUAUAACAACAUUAGCACUGCUUCUCUUCUCUCUAAGAAACCUCAGAGAGAGGAGAGAGACACUCUCCGAGGAAGAGUUGAUUAUCAUCGACCUCUGCUAUAAGUGACAGGCUAACAACGGCUUGUAGAAGUGUUGUCUGCAUUGUUGUCUUGUUGAGUGCAUGCUUUUUAUGCAAACACCUUGAUCAUAAGCUGCCCAACAACCUCGUUUCACUCCAAUUUCCUCCAACACCGAUUUCCAGCUAUCCCACAGGCAUUUGAGACUUUUAUCUUUAUACAAACUCAUCAUGCAACUAAUAAUACAUCAGCUACAUAUCAAGACUCUGCAUCAAUCACAUGCUAUGUGGCUCCAAACACGUUUCGACAAUGUGCACUCUGACUGCCUUUUGGUGAUGCAAGGUGAUUGUGAUUGGCAAAAUCCUGUUAAUCAUGCGAGCUAGUUUAAACUGCACUUCAGUGGGUUUUUUGUGUUUUUGUAAAAUGGGAUUUGGUGACUCCUAUUAUUAGGUGUCUUGCUAAACAGUAUUACGUUGUAUUUUGUAUCAAUGUGUUUUUAUCUUUAUUAUCUCUUUAAGUGUUACUUUGAGGUAAUUGCUGGUUGGCUGGCUCUGUUUUGGUAAGCUAUUUUUCUCAAUGCUACAGCAGAUGUAUGACAAGAGUGUUUCUGGGUCUGAAUGAAGUAUAUUUGUGUGUAUGUGCAGAAUCCACAGGAGCGUCGUCCUCUACCCUGUGAGGGUGCGAGUGUGAUGUGAUCCUCUAAAUUCUGCCUUUUUUCGAAAUAAAUGUGACGCUAUUUUUAUGUUUUAAAAAAAAAAGCUCAUUUUAUGUUUCAUUUUAUAAGUGUUUUCCAUGGAAGAUUCAAUCUUUUUCUUGUGUAUCAUUUGUGUAACCGGUCAGGGUACUUGUACUGAAGGUCUUUGUGUAAAGAGAAUUCUAUUUUUUUUCCCCUGAAAUAAACAAAAGAACUCAA